UUAACCCCACACACCAUUUCUCCUCACCUCACUCACUUCUCCAAACCAAACUCGAUCCCUCCUAUGCAGAGCCUCCAAGCGGAUGACGUCGGCGUCCGCCUCGAGCUGGCCCCGACCGCCGCCAUCGACGUGGCCGAGCCCGCCGAGACGCGCAUCCGUCGCCUCGCCGCCGAGAAUCCGGUCAUCAUCUUCGCGCGCUCCGCCUGCUGCAUGUGCCACGUCAUGAAGCGCCUCCUCUCCGCCGUCGGCGUCCACCCCACCGUCAUCGAGCUCGACGAACACGAGAUCGCGGCUCCGGCGCUCUACAUCGGCGGCGCGUGCGUCGGCGGGGUCGAGAGCGUGGUGGCGCUCCACUUGAAUAAUAGCCUCGUGCCAAAGCUUGUUGAAGUCGGUGUUGUGAGUCACGGAAUUUUUAUUACUACCUAAUUACUUACAAACUAUAUAUAUCUAUCUAUCUAUCUAUCUAUAUAGGAGUAUUGUAAUUCUAGUGCUAUUUUAAUGUAAUAAAACUAUUAGGUGAAGAAAUACUAUAAUUAGCUUUCUAGUAUUCAUAUGAUGAGUUUAAUUCUAGACAUCGAUCUUUGUUAUCGUAUCAUCGGAUGUCUCUGAAGCCCUCCUUACCAUUAUAUGCUUGUGAAAUGUGGUGUUUCCUAAUUAAGGUGAUGUUGUGAUUAAGGAAACCAUUGUGCUUGAUUAUGAUGUAGAAAUAAACAUAUUUGGCAUUUCAAUUUUCAA